AUGGACGGCCAGACUCCUACGGCAGCAAUUGCUGCUGCUGCAGCAGCACUGAGUGGCGCGGAUCCUGCAGGAGCAAGGAAGCAGCUGGCUCUUCUUUAUCAAAAGUUACCUGUGGAUGACCGUCGCUAUGUCUCAGAAUCAGACAGAGAUGAGAUAUUUAGGCGCCUAAGGAAGGACAACCGCAUGUGCUUCGACUGCAGCGCCAGAAACCCCACAUGGAUCUCUCUAACGCAUGCAGUAUACGUCUGCCUUUCAUGUUCCGGCAAGCACAGACGGCUGGGCACGCAUCUUUCCUUCGUACGCUCAACGGAAAUGGACAAAAUCUACCCGGAGCAACUGUUUCGAAUGGAGCUGGGGGGAAAUCGCCGAGCCCAAGAGUUUCUUAGGGAGCAAGGGGCGGACUUGAGCCAGCCCUUGGACUAUCACGGCAAGUUGGCAGCGAAACACCGACAGGUGUUGGAUCGCCUCGUCAACAGUGAGAUGCAGUCCAUUGGAUGGCUUGUCGGAGGGCAGCAGGACUCGUCAGCGUCGCACAAGACAGGAGCUGCAGCACAGCAGCAGCAGCAGCAACUGCAGCAGCAGGUACGCGAUGCGCUGCAUGGCUCUAAGCAGCCUGUGCAGCAGCAAGCACAGCCUGGCCCCGCGGUUGUGCCAGUUGCAGCAGUUGCCGCGGUGGCCCCCCCGGCGGCCCCUGCGGUUACUGUAGGAACUGGACGAGGAAAUGUAGUGGACAAUUCUUUGGGGGGAAGCAUGAAACCCAUGGGCGCAGGCAGGGGUGUUAGGAGCCGCAAGCUGGAGAUGGACUUCGAUUUUGAGAAAGAAGCGGCUCUGCUAGCGGCGAAACAAAGGGCAGCGGCGCAAGGAUCGCCUCACACUUCUGGGAGUUCUUCCCAGCCGCCAACGCAACAGCAGACAGCAGGGCGCGGCGGCUUCAACAGCAUUGGCAGUGAAAGCAGCAGUCUUCCUAGGGCAGCAACAAACCCUACCUUCGGCAGCGGCGGGUCCACGGGCCUUGGGCAAGGUGCUUCUGUAGGAAGUGGGUAUGGGUCCAGCAGCAACCCUAGCCGUGGCGCAUACGGGAGCAACAGCACACGUUUUUCGGGAGCGAAGAGCAUCUCCUCAGCGCAGUAUUUUAACCAGGAAGAAAGCUCUCCCCCAGUGGCCCCUGUGCCCGUCGACCCCUCGCGUAGGGCCAUUGGCUCGGAUGAAGUUUUUGGGCGGAGCAACAGUGGCAGAAGGGGUUGGGAGGACCAAAGUUCUGCUCGCGUGGAGGCCCUACGCAUGCAUGCACAGCAGGGAUGGCAGCAGCUUUCUCAGGCAGGUAGCGAAGCCCUUAGCAAGGCGCGGGAGUGGCUAGCUGGUACAUAA